AUGGCAUGCGUGAUCAUCACAAACAUCUUCAAACGUAACUCGUUUAAGAAACUAGGCCACUUCUGGUAUGCAAGAAGCCUGUCAGUUGCGGCUACACGAUUAAAACAUGACAGGGAGUGGAAAGCAGUCAUAGGCAUUGAAAUUCAUGCACAGAUAUACUCUAAAUCGAAACUGUUUUCAGGGUCCGGUACAGAAUAUGCGUACCCAGUUAAUAAUCAAGUGGGGCUGUUCGAUGCAGCUAUACCAGGCACUCUUCCUGUUAUCAACAAACGAUGCGUAGAAGCUGCAGUUAUGACUGCUUUAGCGCUAAACUGCAGUGUCAACAAAGUGUCUAAAUUCGAUCGAAAACACUACUUUUAUGCUGACCUGCCUGCUGGGUACCAGAUCACCCAACAGAGACAGCCAAUCGCAACAGACGGUUAUUGUCGCUGCAUUGUUUAUAACCCGGCCGUGCCGAAGUACAGAGAACCGCGCGAACUCAGCGUGAGAAUCAUACAACUGCAGCUGGAACAGGACAGCGGGAAAAGUCUGCAUGACGAAGAGAACGGCUAUACGUUAGUAGACCUGAACCGUGCCGGGGUGGGACUGAUGGAGAUAGUCACCGCGCCUGACAUGUGCGACGGCGAAGAAGCAGCCAGCCUCAUCAAAGAGCUGCAGCUGAUCUUCAAGACUAUCGGCACGUGUAAUGCCAGAAUGGACGAAGGCUCGCUACGCGUAGACGCAAACAUCAGUGUUCACAGACCGGGUGAACCUUUAGGAGUUCGUACAGAGGUCAAGAACCUGAAUAGCGUUCGAUUCGUCGCCAAAGCCAUCGAUUACGAAAUCUCCAGGCAAAUCGAACUACUCGAAGACGGCGGCAAAGUCGAGAACGAAACGAAGGCGUUCGACUUUAAAACCGGACGCACCGUUUCGAUGCGCGACAAAGAAAUGAAGCAAGACUACAGGUUCAUGCCCGAACCGAACCUACCUCCUCUCCGAAUAUACGAUAGCUCCGAUGCCGUGUCUCACCUAGAUGCCCACCAGGUGAUAAACGUUGACGACAUCAGAGCAAGCAUUCCCACAUUGCCGGCUGCGAAGAGAACGCACCUAGUAGAUGUGUGCGGGCUGCCGUGGGCUGAUGCUAUCAAGCUCAGCAGUGAGGUCAAUCUUAUGGAGUAUUUUGAGGGGAUAUUACGCGAUGCUCCGCAUCGUUUGCCUAAGACUGCUGCCACGAUACUUCUGAAGCAUGUACUGCGGUGUGUGUACAAGGCAAAGUGCUCAAUCGCAGACUGCAACUUGGCUCCUCAGCGUGUUGGGGAAAUCUGUGACCUUAUUGACACUAGCAAAAUUACAUGGGAUAUAGGUGCAAAACUUGUCGACAUGGUAUUUGAAGGCGAAACUCUAAAUCCAGCUGCCAUAGUGGAGAAGAACAAGUGGCAUAAGAUAACAGACAAUGAGGUGAUUCUACGACUUUGCCAGACUGCCAUUGAUGAAAAUCCAAAAGCUGUGAGAAAGUAUAAAGAGGGAAAAAAGCGAUACUUCUCAACACUUAUACACCAUGUUCAAAACAAAACAGAACAAUGCACAGACUCGUUUGUUGUCAUGGAUACACUGAAGCAACUGGUUCUAUGUGAAUAUAGUAAGGUCACCCAGGAGUCUUGAGCACUAGUCAGUAUAAAUGAGAUAAUUUGAAUUCUACAUGGAUCAAUUAUAAAGCAAUCAUUACAUUUUAGGUGAAUUAAGAUGUCUCACAAUUGAAAUUACAUCACAUUGAUGAGUGUUAUU